AACAAAAUAUGAGUAAUGGGUUCGGAUGAAGUGAAGCCGCAGUCAGAUCCAUUUGAAAAAUUUAAGAAAACAAUUAAUAUUAACAAUAAACAAUAUUUUUAUUUCAAUUUGCCUGAAUUUGGUCCUGAAUAUGAUCAACUUCCAUUUUCUGUCAGAAUACUUUUAGAAUCUGCUGUUAGAAACUGUGAUAACUUUCAAGUUACUGAAAAUGAUGUACAAAAUAUUCUGAAAUGGAAAAUUAAUCAAAAUGUCAAAGAUGGUGUUGAAGUUGCAUUUAAACCAGCUAGAGUUAUUUUACAAGAUUUUACUGGUGUACCGGCUGUAGUUGAUUUUGCUGCUAUGAGAGACGCCGUCAAAAGUUUAGGAGGUGAUCCGAUCAAAAUUAAUCCUGUGUGUCCUUCUGACUUAGUAAUUGAUCAUUCAGUUCAAGCAGAUUUUGUCAGAGAAGCUGAUGCUCAACAGAAAAAUGAAAAUCUUGAAUUUGAAAGAAAUAAAGAAAGAUUUACAUUUUUAAAGUGGGGAGCUAAGGCCUUCAAGAACAUGUUAAUCGUACCCCCUGGCUCUGGUAUUGUGCAUCAAGUUAACUUAGAGUAUUUAGCCCGUGUUGUGUUUUCUGAUGGAGACACAUUAUAUCCAGAUUCAUUAGUGGGUACAGAUUCUCAUACAACUAUGAUAAAUGGAUUAGGAGUUCUAGGAUGGGGUGUGGGAGGUAUUGAAGCUGAAGCUGUUAUGUUGGGACAAGCAAUAUCUAUGUUGCUUCCUCAGGUUCUUGGCUACAAGAUAACAGGAAUUUUAAAUCAAUUUGCUACAUCUACCGAUUUAGUUUUAACAAUUACGAAGAAUUUGAGACAAAUUGGCGUAGUAGGAAAGUUUGUUGAAUUUUUUGGACCUGGAGUUACUCAAUUAUCCAUUGCUGAUCGAGCAACUAUCAGUAACAUGUGCCCUGAAUAUGGAGCAACAGUAGGUUUCUUUCCAGUAGACCAAAACACUCUUUCUUAUCUUCAGCAAACAAAUCGAAGCAAUGAAAAAAUUGCUGCUGUUAAAGCAUAUUUAGAAUCUACCAAAAUGCUAAGAAAUUAUGAUGACCCAUCUCAAGAUCCAGUAUUUAGUCAAAUUACUACUCUAGAUUUAGGAGAUGUUGUACCAUCUAUUAGCGGGCCUAAGAGACCACAUGAUCGUGUGUCCGUAUCUGAAGCUCAAAAAGAUUUCCAAACUUGUCUCACAAAUAAAAUUGGUUUUAAAGGAUUUAACAUUAGUAAAGAUAAGUUGAACGCUAGUGCUGAAUUUGAAUUCAACAAUCAAAAAUAUACUUUAAGACACGGAUCGGUGGUCAUUGCCGCCAUCACAUCGUGUACGAACACGAGCAAUCCCAGUGUUAUGCUCGGAGCUGGUCUAUUGGCUAAAAACGCCGUCGAAGCUGGUCUGUCUGUUGCUCCGUACAUUAAGACUAGUCUUUCGCCCGGCUCUGGAGUGGUCACAUACUAUUUAAGAGAGAGCGGUGUUACACCAGCUUUAACACAACUUGGUUUCGACACCGUCGGAUUCGGUUGUAUGACUUGUAUCGGAAAUUCUGGCCCGUUGCCUGAGUCUAUUGUGAACGCUAUCGAGUCGAAUGAUCUCGUUUGUUGCGGUGUUUUGUCGGGCAACAGGAACUUUGAAGGCCGUAUUCAUCCGAACACACGUGCUAACUAUUUGGCUUCACCAUUAUUAGUGAUUGCAUAUGCCAUUGCUGGACGUAUUGACAUUGAUUUUGAAACAGAACCAAUUGGUACUGAUAAGAAUGGUAAACCUGUAUUUUUAAAAAAUAUUUGGCCAUCAAGAUCACAAAUCCAAAUUGUUGAAAAGCAAACAGUUAUUCCUGCUAUGUUUCGGGAUGUCUAUGCUCGCAUUGAAAAUGGUUCUAAUGCUUGGCAAUGUUUACAAGCCCCAGAUGGUCAAUUAUACCCAUGGGAUGCGUCAUCAACUUACAUAAAAAACCCGCCAUUUUUCAGCGGAAUGACAAAAACAUUACCUGGGGUUCGAUCUGUAAAAGGAGCACAUGUGUUACUAUUUCUUGGUGAUUCUGUAACAACUGAUCACAUCAGUCCUGCUGGUAGUAUUGCAAGGAAUAGUGCUGCAGCUCGUUAUCUAGCUUCAAAAAACAUUACACCAAAAGAUUUCAACUCAUAUGGCUCAAGACGUGGAAAUGAUGAUAUCAUGGCUAGAGGAACCUUUGCAAACAUACGAUUAGUAAAUAAACUUGUCAAGAACACUGGACCAAAAACAUUGCACAUUCCAAGUGGACAAGAGUUGGACGUCUUUGAUGCUGCUCAACUUUAUGCUAAGGAGGGAAGAUCACUCAUUGCAAUUGUUGGCAAAGAUUAUGGAUCAGGUUCAUCAAGAGACUGGGCAGCUAAAGGACCAUUUUUAUUAGGAAUUAAAGCCGUUAUUGCUGAGUCUUAUGAACGUAUUCAUCGUUCCAACUUGGUUGGUAUGGGAAUAAUUCCAUUGCAAUUCCGUCAAGGAGAAAAUGCUGAAACUUUGAAACUUACUGGUCAUGAAGUAUAUGACAUAGAUAUUCCACAAGAUUGCAAACCAUUGCAAGAAAUUCAAGUCAAAACUAAUACAGACAUUGUAUUUAGCGCAAUUUUGCGUUUUGACACUGAAGUAGAUAUCUUGUACCACAAACAUGGAGGAAUUUUGAACUAUAUGAUCAGAAAAAUGUUAGAUUAAAAAAAUGAGACAAUACUAUAUUAUAUAGGUAUAAUAUAAAGAUGUCCAUGACCAUAUUUUUUU